AUGGAGUGGUACACGCGGAGAGGCCCCGACGGCGGCCUGGCGGGGCUGCCCGCCCAGCAGGGCUGCAGCAUUCAAGAAAAAUUAAAUUUUGAAAUUCGAAUGAGAGAAGGAAUACGGAAACUUCUUUCUCUGAGCACUCAAAAAGACCAGAUUUUGCGUGGAGUUAAGAAUCUCAUGGUGUGCAACACUCGGAUAAUGGCUUAUACAUCAGAGCUACAGAAAUUAGAAGAGCAAAUGGUAAAAGAAACUGGAAGAUGUGAUGCGAACUUUGAAAAUAAAGAACGAAUAGCAUGUAAAGGAAAGAUUGCCAUAUCAGAUAUUCGAAUACCGUUAAUGUGGAAAGACUCUGAUCACUUCAGCAAUAAAGAAGGAUCACAGCAUUAUGCCAUAUUUUGUUUGUUCAAAAUGGGAGCUGAAAUUUUUGAUACUGACAUGGUGAUUGUGGAUAAAACAGUAACAGACAUAUGCUUUGAAAAUGUAACAAUAUUGUAA